AUGCCUCAAACAUCUAAUAUCGGGUUUGAACAACUCUCAAAAUAUUUUCACUUACCAAUCAAUGAUGUGGCCAAAGAGCUUGGAAUAUGCGCCACAAUGCUAAAGAAGAUCUGUAGAAGAAAUGGUAUCCCAAGAUGGCCACACAGAAAGAUCAAGAGCUUGAACAAGAUGAUUGAGAACUUGGAAGCAACCCUACAGAACAACACAUCUGAAGCCGAGGAGUGCGUCAAACAAGAAAUCACUAUUUUAAAGAGCAAGAAGACAUUGAUCAUGAAGAAUCCAAGUAUCUUGGCCAACGGUUCACAAAAGAGAAACACAACCGUCCUUAGUAGUUCCGACGAUAGUUCGAAACAAGUAAAGAAAAUCAAGUUGGACGAAUCACCCAAUUCAACUGAGCACAUCAGCCAACCACACCAACAAUCACAACCGGCCUCACAGACACAACCACCACAACAAUCACAACAAUCUCCACCACAACCACAACAACAAAUUACACAUCAACCACAAAGUUUACAACAACAACAACAACAACAGCAACAACAACAACAACAUCAGCAAAAGAUGAUGCAAUACUCUCCACACUCUCCACACUCACAACACUCGCAACACUCUCAACAUUCUCAACAUUCUCAACACUCUUCACACUCACAACAACACUCUUCGCCACAACAACAAACCACAAAUUUCUCAAUCAACCAACUUCUCACACCAGCUAGUUUCUCUGCUCCAUUGACCUCAUAUUUAUUCGGUGGACACGACGACGAAGAUCUUGGUCACCCACAACAUGAAACAUCGCCAGGUGCAUACAUGCAUCAACCAACACUUUCAUAUCAAACCUCACACCAAACACACAUGCCAAGCAAUGGCGCACGUGAAAUCUCAGUGGAACCAACCAAUUCGUGGUACACCAACUCUCAGAUGGGACCAACUUCAAUGGGAUACAUGCCAUCGGGACCAAUGUUUUCGACGAUGCAUCAAGACUUUUUCACACUUCCAAAAUUGAAUAUCCCAGAGUCUUUGGGUCAACAGUUGGCAAUGCAAAAUCAAUCGUAUCUCUCGCAGCCACCUCAAUACCAACAGCAGCCACCAAAGAACAUGAUGUACAUGAAGCACCCACCACAAUAUAUGUCGCCACAAAACUCAAAUUCAAUGAUGGGCGGUCCAAACACAAAUGCAAAUCCAUUGCGAUGGGUAAUGGAACACGAUAAACACAGAAAGGUUUGA